UAGUAUUUUCCUUUCCAUUACUACACGCAUUUUCCAAGCUCUUUAAAUAUUAUAAACUAGCUAUCUAGGAAAGCUGCAAGCAAAUCAAGACAGAAGAUACAUAGCGCUCUCAAUUUCAAAUAUGGCUUCUUCUUCAUCAUCUUCAACGACUACACCUUGGUUGUUUGAUGUUUUUUUGAGUUUUAAAGGAGAGACACGAAAAUCUUUUACUGAUCAUCUCUAUGUAGAUUUGUGCCAAGCUGGAAUUAAUACCUUUCGCGAUGAUGAAGAAAUCCCGAAAGGUGAAAACAUCUCUGCUAGGCUAUUGGAGGCCAUCGAGGGGUCCAAGAUAUCUAUCAUCGUAUUCUCAAAAACUUAUGCUCGAUCUAGAUGGUGUCUUGAUGAAUUAGUGAAGAUCCUAGAAUGCAAGGAAAAAUUACAACAGAUGGUUCUUCCUAUAUUCUACAACGUUGAUCCUUCAGAGGUUCGGAAACAAACAGGUGAGUUUGGCGAGGCAUUGAAUCAACAUCGAAAACGAUUUGGAGACCUAAAAGUUGAUGAGUGGAAAACUGCACUCACUACCGUUGCUGAUUUGUCCGGAUGGGAUUUGCAAAUCAUGACAAACGGAUUUGAGUCAAAGUUCAUCAAGAAAAUUACUGAAGAGGUAUUAAGGGAAGUGAAUCAUACAUACAUGAAUGUUGCAAAGUACCCUGUUGGAAUUGAUUCUCGUGUUAGAGAUAUACAUCAUUUAUUACAAAGUCAAACAAAUAAUGAUGUCAAGAUGAUUGGAAUUUUUGGUAUGGGUGGUGUUGGAAAAACAACUCUUGCUAAAGCCUUAUAUAACUUGAGUUUUCAAAGGUUUGAAGGUAGUUGUUUUAUAGCAAACAUUAGAUCAGAAGUUUCUGAGAGACGACACAAUGGUUUAGUUCGUUUACAAGAGAAACUUCUUUGUGAAACACUCAAGAGAAAGAAAUUUGAAAUAGAUAAUGUUGAUAGAGGAAUAAGUUUGAUCAAAGAAAGAUUGCGAUCAAAAAAAAUUAUUAUUGUUCUUGAUGACAUAGAUCAUAUAACUCAGCUAGAAUCAUUAGCAGGGCAACGGGAUUGGUUUGGUUCAGGUAGCAUAAUUAUCAUGACAACUAGAGAUAUUCAUUUGUUGAGUAACCUUGGAACACACGAGAAGUACAAGGUUGACAUGUUAAGCACUAAUGAAUCUUUGGAGCUCUUUAGUUGGCAUGCCUUUGAUGAUCCUAUACCAUUAGAGGGUUAUGUUGAACUAUCCAAAAAAGUAGCUGGUUAUACUAAUGGACUUCCAUUAGCACUUAAAGUCAUAGGUUCUCAUUUACAUGGAAAAUCAGUGCAAGAAUGGAGGGAUGACAUUGAGAAAUUAAAAAAGAUACCUCAUGGCGAAGUUCAAGAAAUUCUUAAAAUUAGCUAUGAUGCACUUGAUGAUGAUACUCAAAACAUCUUUCUCGAUAUUGCUAGUUUUUUCAAUGGGCAUGACAAAAACGACACUGCUAUGAUAUUGGAAGCUUGUGGUUUUUAUGCUGAAAGUGGAAUUAGAACUUUGGCAGAAAAAUGCUUGUUAACAAUAGAUCAGAUUGGAAAAGUUGGAAGACUUGAGAUGCAUGAUUUAGUCCAGGAUAUGGGAAGAGAAAUUGUUAGAAAAGAAUCUCCACGAGAACCUGGCAAACGAAGUAGAUUGAUGGACCCAAAGGAUGUCUUUGAUGUUCUCCAAGACAACAAGGGCACGGAAGCAAUUGAAGGUAUGAUUGUAAAUUCUAACAUGUUAAAGUAUGUGCCUUUGAAUACCAAACUAUUCACAAGGAUGGUAAAGUUACGAAUACUCAUAUUGGAUGGAGUAUGUCUCAAUGGAUCUUUUGAAUAUUUAUCCAAUGAGCUUAGGUUGUUUAGGUUGUAUAAUUGCCAUUUGAGUCACAUACCAUCUAAUUCUUGUUUUGGGAAACUUGUUGAGUUAGACGUGCAAGAUAGCAAUAUCGAAGAGUUUCAACCCAAUAUGCAGUAUUUUAGAUGCUUGAAGAUUUUAAAGCUUGAUGGUUGUGAACAACUUAAGAAAACAUUGGAUUUCACUGGAGCACAGAGUCUUCAAAAAAUAUUUUUUAUAAAUUGUUCAAAUUUAGUCAAAGUGCACCCAUCAAUUGGAAGUCUGGAGAGCCUUGUGGAGUUACAUUUUAGUAGUUGCAAGAAACUGAAGGUGCUUCCCAGUAGCAUUUGCAAGUUAAGGUCCCUUGAGUUCUUAAUUUUAAAUGGUUGUGAAAAACUGGAGGAGCUUCCAAUUGACUUGGGAAAAUUAGAGCAACUAAGAGGGUUAUAUGCUCAAAGAACUGCUAUCUCACACCUACCCUUUUCUUUAGGAUGUUUGAGAAAUCUAGAGGUCCUACGCCUGGGAGAGCAAAAGGGUUUACUACCACUGGAAUCAAAAUCUCAACUUCUUGGCAUCUUAUCACCUCAUUUGUGGUCAAAAAGAACUCGUAAUCCUCUCGGUUUUUUUCCACCUUCAGUUGCCAAUUUAUGCUCAUUGGAAAGUCUAAGUAUGCCUAACAACUAUCUCCAUGAAGUAGAUCUUCCAAUUGCUCUGGGGAGUUUGACCUCAUUGGCACAUUUAGAUUUAUCAGGAAGUUGCUAUCUUCAAAACUUACCCUUCACCCUUUGUCAUCUUUCUAAUUUGAAAAGCCUCAGAUUGGACAAUUUGCAAAAUCUUAGAGCACUUCCAGAACUCCCUCCUAAUUUGGAGGAACUCUCUGCAGAAAAUUGUGUCUCAUUGGAAAAAGUUGCUUAUAUAUCAAACUUGAGAAGACUCAAAGGGUUAUACAUUCCCAACUGUAAAAGUUUGGUUGAGCUUCCAGGCCUUGCGUGUCUUGAAUCCUUAGAAGUGCUUGACUUAGCAAGUUGCAAUGCUUUGAUUACUUCUUACAACUAUUUGCAAGAAGUAGACCUUUCGAUCACUGUUGGAGAUGGAGAUGGAGAUUUUUCCUUGUCAACAUAUUUAGAUUUGAAUGGAAAUUGCUCUCUUCAAACCUUACCAUUCAACCUUUGUCAUCUUUCCAAUUUGAAAAGCCUCAACUUGGAGGAUUUGCAAAAUCUUAGAGCACUCCUACAACUUCCUCCUAGUUUGGAGGAACUCUCUAUAAAAAAUUGUGUCCGUUUAGAAAGAGUUGCAGACAUAUCAAACUUGAAAAGUCUAGAAGAGUUGAAUAUUCGCAAUUGCAAAAGUUUGGUUGAGCUUCCAGGGCUGAAAAAUCUCGAAUCCUUACGAAAUCUUGAGAUAACAAAUUGCAGUGCUUUGAGUAUUUCUUCGACUGAAAAGUGGUUCAAGGCACGUUACGAAGGUGAUAGUGUCAAGAUUUGGCUUCAAGUAUGGGGAACUUUAGUAUUUUGCAAUAUUCCAACUUGUUUGGGGUUUGAAUCCUUAAAACUCAUUAUCAGUGAAAAUGAACAAAAUCGCUAUAAUGGAGUUCGAGUGAGGGUGAGAAGCAAAACCACUGGUGCUUGGAUUGUAAAGGAACCCAAAUAUAUUCAGAUCAAUGGAUAUGACAAAAUUGAAUUUGAGGUCCCAACAGUGAUUGCACAAGUAUUGGAGGUUUAUGCAGAAUUCUGUCCUUUGCAGACAGUUUGUCUAUUUGAAAUAUAUAGAAACAGAGAGGAGGAAGUGCGUUUCUUUCCAUCCACAAGGGGACUCCUGGAAUUUGAGGAAACAGCAACAGAUGGAUCUUUAAGUAGUCUCCAAAAUGAAGAAAAUAGAUUAAUGAUAGAAACUGUUGCGGAUUCAACAGGUGACGAGCAGAAUGGUAGGGGUAGGAGAAGACACACAAGAUGUUGCAUUUGGGAGUUUCUACUCAAGUGCUUUUGUUGGGAUAAUGAAGAUGAACAUUAUUAGCUAGUGUGGUAAAUAAUGAUGUUGUAAUUUGUACGUAAACCUAAACCUACUUUACAAUUAUAAUAAAGUUGUACUUGAUUCCCCAACACGCUCUGCAGCCUUAAGUAAGAGGAUCAGUUAUGACAAUUC